GCAGCUGGCUACCGGCCUUUUGUCACUUUCCUGUCGAACAACGGUACUAUAAAAUCAGACCUUAGACCCACUUUUCCAUGCUACACUAUUAAUCGCUUUAUAAAGAAGUUUCAUUCAUACCCAUAACACUUUAUUAAAAACAAUGAACAGACAAGAAUCUCUACUCUCCGCAUCCCGCCGGCAGACACCGCCGCCGGAGAAAAGACGCCGUCGAGAAAAACCCAUCGGUUGCAUGUCUGGAAUCUUUCAGCUCCUCUCCAAAUACCAAAACAAAACGAAACGCCUUACAUUUGGCCGAAAGAGAGAGAAAUAUAGUGAAGAAACAUUAUCUCCGGCGGUUCCAGAAAAAGUGAUAGUGAUGAAUGACGAUCAUAAUAAGGAAGUAAGAAUACAAAGAAGCCCGGGCCUUUCGCCGGAUAUCCGCCGGGAAAACGCUAAAGGCAGACCGGCAUUGGUGCAGCGGCUGAUGGGGUUGGAGGAGAAGCAGUCUCCGGCGCCGGAAUGUGAACUGUCGUUGACGGAGGUGAAGAGAAAGAUGCUGUUGCAAGCCUUAGAGAAGUGCAACCAAGACUUGGAAGCGCUUAAGAAAAUUAUACAGUCCGUGGAGUCGUCGCCGGCGACUCUGCCGCCGCCGGCGUGCACAAAGAAAUGUACGGAGCAUCAGGUUUUGAGUCCGAUCAGUGUGCUGGACGAGCAGAUGAUAAGUCGUUCGACAACUUUGACCAGAAGUCAAAAUACUGAAGCAUUGUGCGCAGCGCAAGCAACCAACAAUGUAGCCAAAGAUGGAAAUAUUAACUCUAUCCUCAAGAAAUUGAAAACAAGUCAUUUCCAAUCAAAGCGGGAAGAAGUGAUCGUCUCAUCUCCGGUGAAGUGGCGCAGCAAAGCAGUGGUCAGGAGUGUGGAGGAAGUUUGCAGAGACAUAGCUUGUGGUGAGCAUGGAGAGACUAGAAAAAUUGGAGUGGUUUUACAAGAUUAUAUAUGCAAAGAGUUGAUUCAAGAACUAGUCAAAGAGUUGGGCUACUCAGAGUACUCUCCUUGGAAGCAUUCCCUUCCCUUUGAGGCAUGUAGGAGAAGGCUUUGUCUCUAAACUCAGAUAAACCAACAAGUGUGUCAGUGUGUGUGGGGCUUUGUUUUCUCAUAUUUACACUAUUAUUUGUAGACAAUAGUAUCUGUAAACAUACCAUAACAUUAUAUAGUUUAUCGAUUGAUAUAGUUAACCAUGUGCUCACAAUGCAAAGUAUUUGAUCAGAAUUACAUCAUAUACCAGGGAAAAUGCACUUUGGUCCCGCAACUAUCAAAUAUUAACAAUUUUAGUAGCUGAAAUUUGUUUUAUCAGUUUAGAUCUGUUACUUUCAAAAUACCAAAAGUAGUUCCAAAGUCACCCUAAUUUGAUAAGAAACUGGUUUGAUAGUCAUCUGGUGGACGGGGGUUAACGUGAAAUUGUGAAAUUUAGAUAGGCCAAAAUGCAGUUUGUUUUAGAUGCUAGUCUUCUGCAUUUCUAUUCACACAAAAAUGUAAUUUGCAUCUUAAAUGUUAUAAAAUUGCUACUUCACCACAUUCAUUUGGAUCCAAAACUUGAACAAUACUUCUUGCUACUUCACCACAUUCAUUUGGAUCCAAAGCCUGAACAAUACUUCUUUGGUAAACAUGGCAGCUUUUAAUGGCUUCAGGACUAUAUUAUAUUAUUCUUGAUAGUUUUGAAAUAAAUGGCUCUAAAGUGCCAAAACAAAUCUAACAUGGCUACUUUUGCAACCCCUAUAUAGUUAUGGGACCACAAAUGCAUAUUACCUGUCCUUCACAAAAGCGCUAGGGAAGUGGUAGCCCCCCCCCCCCCCCGUUGACAGAGUGCCUCUAAGGCUCUAAAGCCAGUUCCAUGUUUUAGCAUGAAUUGAAGUUUGCAAGUCAAAAUAACUUCACGAGAGAUUAAUAGAACUGGGAGAGAGUUGGAAAUCCUAUGAGGCUGUGCUCCAUGAAUAACUUCAUCAUUUGUGCAGCCAAGCAGAUCCAUAGGCAAUGAGUCGUGUCUUUGUCUGUAAGAACUGAUACAUAAACAGAAGAAUAAGGUAAAAAUGCCUUCUUUGUGUACACAAAAUUGCAGUUUCAAUCAAUGAUGAAAAUCCUGAGAUUUAUAAACUUUUCAUUGAAAUUUCUGUAUUUCGAUAUUUCUGUUAUCGAUAAGGGAUAAUGGUUUUGCUAAUCUCAGAGAAAAUUUGGAAAUGUCAAAAAUAUUGGAAAAUAGCAGAACAUUUUGAUAAAUAUCGGGAAGUACUGAAUAUUAUAUUUGAAAUAUCAGUUACUACAUUGUCUUUUUCAUACGUAGUAUAAUUUACAAAAUGUAGUUCUAUUCCAAAAAAAAAACGAUUUCGAUAUCAAAAUAUCUACCAGUAAUCCUAUAUAUUGGCAAUACCAAUAUUUGUAUAAAUAUCAAUGAUGGAGUAUAUGAGCCUGGACCCAUGGCUGAUAUACUCAAAAGACAUUUGGACCGGCCCAACAAGCAAUGGGCUACACCCUCGGCGAGAACCCUCGCCCAGCCAAGGAUACCACAGCUCGGAGCAAUGUAGACCAUCCACACAAGGAUGAAGCAUGAAUCUAUAGGAUUUUGGACAGUUGUAAAGGUUGGAAGGUUAACAUUUAUUACCACUAUAAAUAGCCCGACUUUGGGCAUUUGUAAAGGUUCGAAUAUUCAUUUAUGAGAUUUUUCCUUAAAUAUUAUUGAAAUAUAAUUUAUGGGCAAAAAUAUUUCUAUUGUUACUAUGCAUAGCCACUAUAGUAUAAAGUUGUACACAAUCAUGCACACUAAACUUACUAUAUAGAUUGAUAGUCACUAAACUAUAAACGUCACAUUUUGUUCACUGACUUUAUUUCAAUCAUAUAUCUGUCAUUAUUUCUCAAUUUAUUAUGGAUCCCUUUAUCUCUAUGUUAUUAGCUUUGCAUUCUCUCUAGAACACCACUAGCAGAUUUACGGUAUAGGUAUCGACCAAUAAUUUUAUCAGCGGUUCAAUCAAUUAACACCCUUAUGCUUAGUUACCACUUACCAAAUUUAUAUAAGCAAUAGGGUUAAUAACGAAAUAUUGUGAAAGGUAUUAGAAUAUACUUUAGAAUAUGCUUUAUAAUAUUUUAGGAAUGUACUCUAGGAUAUUAUUAUUGUAUAGAAUCUUCAAUCUUAUAAUAGGAAUAUUUCAUCUUUGUAGUAUAUAUUUAUAGGGCCUUAACACUCCAAUGAAAGACAGAAAAUUCGUUGCUCCUCUCUUCAAUAUAAUUCUCGUUUAUAUUUUAAUAGUGCAAAUGAUAGGCAGUCAAACAUAUUUCACAUUAUAGCUUAACCUUUGCAAAAAAAAAAAACUAUACAUCACAGGUAAUAAAUUAAGUAACAAUUUUCAUACCAGUUAAUGCUAAUGUAUUGGAUGAGAAGACAAGCAUGUCAACAACAAAAAUAACAGCAGGAGGAAAUUCCCAUACCUGUGAAUUAAAGAAUAACAUCACUCUCUAUGAGAAAAUCCUUAGUUGGAAUGAAUCUCCAUGAUGAUAACUAGCCUUGAAUUUUCAUUGAAAAGAACCUAACUACCUCGAAUUCACAUUAAAAUUAGAUUUAAUGCGGAAAGCAAAAAGCAUACCAUCAUGGCCACAAGGAAGAUCUUUAAGUAACUCGAGACAAGGAUUGCAAGCAGUACAGACCUAUACCUGUCCCAUUCAAGUAAAUAUAACAAAUAAACUUAUCAGGUAAAGAUUAAAGUUAAGUGGUGCUUUCAUAAUUCACAUUCUCUGACAGUUGUUUAAAAAAUUUACCCAAAAUUUCUAACAGUUGAUUCCAGAAAGCUCAUUGCGCCAAAUAGUAAUGUUCCAAGAAAAACCAGGUUCCCAAAGAUGACUCCAAACAGAACCUACACAUUUCUCAACAUGACUCAAAACGCAAAACCAUUACAGCUAACCCUCAAAUUCAGGUGGUACAAACCUUUCCAUAGAUGGAGGCCAGUGAAGCAAAGGUUGUAGGCCAGAUCCUCUCCUUAGGACUAGUGCAUAGGAUCAUCAUUCUAUCUUUCAUGGUUAAGGCUUAUUGGGUGCUACAACACUAGAGGGUAGAGGCCCCAUUUGGUAAGUUUUUGUUGUUGAAUCUAUUGAUUUCUUUCAAGAGAAAAGCAUUUGGUAACAUCUAUUUAAGCCAAAUAAGUAAGUUAAAAGCUUUUUUUUUGUAUCCUGUGGGGGUAUGCCCGUGUGUCGGGAUGGCAUUAACUAGGCCUCGUUGUAUGCGUCACCUCCUUUUGUGCUACUACGUAUUUCUUAUUAUAAAAAAAUGGGAUUUUUUAUUUAAAAUAUAACCACAAGCUACUUAUUAUGUUGAAUAAGUUGAUUAUAGCUACUAAAUGGGACAUUGAACUAACAUACUCUUAUAAAAGAGUAAUACAUAGACUCAUAACCUAUGAUGAAACAAAAUAUGCAAAUGGAAAAUGCAUAAAUUUUCUGUCAAGUGUAUUGUAACAUCACAAAAUGGAUACAAGAAUCCAAGAGAAGGAAUACCAGUAGUGAUUUCCAUAAUAAUCC